AUGGAGAUGCCGCUGCCGCCAGACGACCAGGAGCUCCGAAAUGUCAUCGACAAGCUGGCCCAGUUCGUGGCUCGGAACGGGCCCGAGUUUGAAAAGAUGACUAUGGAGAAGCAGAAAGACAACCCGAAAUUCUCUUUUCUGUUCGGAGGCGAGUUCUACAGUUACUACAAGUGCAAGUUGGCGCUGGAGCAGCAGCAGCUCAUCUGCAAGCAGCAGGCCCCGGAACUGGAACCGGCUGCGACCCUGCCUCCCCUGCCCCAGCCCCCGCUGGCCCCUGCUGCACCCGUCGCACCCGCCCAGGGCACCCCGUCCAUGGACGAGCUCAUCCAGCAGAGCCAGUGGAACCUGCAGCAGCAGGAGCAGCACCUGCUGGCCCUCAGACAGGAGCAGGUGACAGCAGCCGUGGCCCACGCGCUGGAGCAGCAGAUGCAGAAGCUCCUGGAGGAGACGCAGCUGGACAUGAACGAGUUUGACAACCUGCUCCAGCCCAUCAUCGAUACCUGCACCAAGGAUGCCAUCUCGGCCGGGAAGAACUGGAUGUUCAGCAAUGCCAAGUCCCCGCCGCACUGCGAACUUAUGGCAGGCCACCUCCGCAACCGCAUCACGGCCGACGGGGCGCACUUCGAGCUGCGGCUGCACCUCAUCUACUUGAUCAAUGACGUGCUGCACCACUGCCAGCGCAAGCAGGCCCGGGAGCUGCUGGCCGCCCUGCAGAAGGUCGUGGUGCCCAUCUACUGUACCAGCUUCCUGGCCGUGGAGGAGGACAAGCAGCAGAAGAUCGCCCGGCUCCUACAGCUCUGGGAGAAGAACGGCUACUUCGACGACUCCAUUAUCCAGCAGUUACAGAGCCCGGCUCUGGGGCUCGGCCAGUACCAGGCGACCCUCAUCACUGAAUACUCCUCAGUGGUCCAGCCAGUGCAGCUGGCCUUCCAGCAGCAAAUCCAGACCCUGAAGACCCAACACGAGGAGUUUGUCAACAGCCUGACCCAGCAGCAGCAGCAGCAGCAGCAGCAGCAGCAGCAGCAGCAGAUCCAGAUGCCGCAAAUGGAAGCUGACGUCAAGGCCACACCACCGCCACCUGCCCCACCCCCAGCCCCCACACCCGCCCCGGCCAUCCCACCCACCACCCAGCCUGAUGACAGCAAGCCUCCCAUCCAGAUGCCCGGGUCUUCCGAGUACGACGCCUCAGGAGGGGUUCAGGACCCAGCCGCCAGCGGCCCCCGUGGCCCUGGGCCCCAUGACCAGAUCCCACCUAACAAGCCCCCGUGGUUUGACCAGCCUCACCCCGUUGCUCCUUGGGGCCAACAGCAGCCUCCUGAGCAGCCGCCCUAUCCACACCACCAGGGCGGGCCACCCCACUGCCCCCCCUGGAACAACAGCCACGAGGGCAUGUGGGGCGAGCAGCGCGGCGACCCCGGCUGGAAUGGCCAACGCGAUGCCCCCUGGAACAGCCAACCUGACCCCAACUGGAACAGCCAGUUCGAGGGCCCCUGGAACAGCCAGCAUGAGCAGCCGCCCUGGGGUGGGGGCCAGCGCGAGCCGCCCUUCCGCAUGCAGCGGCCGCCGCACUUCCGCGGGCCCUUCCCUCCCCACCAGCAGCACCCGCAGUUCAACCAGCCACCACACCCCCACAACUUCAACCGCUUCCCACCCCGCUUCAUGCAGGACGACUUCCCCCCACGACACCCCUUCGAGCGGCCGCCCUACCCUCACCGCUUCGACUACCCCCAGGGGGACUUCCAGGCUGAAAUGGGACCCCCUCACCACCACCCCGGCCACCGCAUGCCUCACCCUGGGAUCAACGAGCACCCGCCUUGGGGUGGGCCCCAGCACCCUGACUUCGGCCCUCCGCCCCACGGCUUCAACGGGCAGCCCCCUCACAUGCGGCGACAGGGCCCUCCACACAUCAACCAUGACGACCCCAGCCUGGUCCCCAACGUGCCGUACUUCGACCUCCCUGCUGGACUGAUGGCCCCCCUCGUGAAGCUGGAAGACCACGAGUACAAGCCUCUGGAUCCUAAAGACAUCCGCCUCCCACCCCCCAUGCCGCCCAGUGAGAGGCUGCUGGCGGCCGUGGAGGCCUUCUACAGCCCGCCCUCCCACGACAGGCCCAGGAACAGCGAAGGCUGGGAGCAGAACGGUCUCUACGAGUUCUUCCGAGCAAAGAUGCGGGCCCGGCGGAGGAAAGGCCAGGAGAAGAGGAACAGUGGACCCUCACGGUCUCGGAGCAGAUCCAAAAGCCGAGGGCGCUCCUCCUCGCGCUCCAACUCACGGUCCUCCAAGUCGUCCGGCUCCUACUCCAGGUCACGGUCCCGCUCCUGCUCCCGCUCCUACUCCCGCUCCAGAUCCAGGAGCCGCAGCCGCUCCCGUUCCUCCCGAAGCCGCUCCCGCUCCCGCUCCCGCUCGAGGUCCAAGUCCUACUCCCCAGGAAGGAGGCACCGGUCGCGGUCCAGGAGCCCCACCCCGCCUUCCUCGGCUGGUCUGGGUUCUAAUUCAGCACCUCCUAUACCGGACUCAAGGCUUGGGGAAGAGAACAAAGGACAUCAGAUGCUGGUGAAAAUGGGCUGGAGUGGAUCCGGUGGCCUCGGCGUGAAAGAGCAAGGGAUCCAGGACCCCAUCAAGGGUGGGGACGUGCGGGACAAGUGGGACCAGUACAAGGGCGUGGGCGUGGCCCUGGACGACCCCUACGAGAACUACCGCAGGAACAAGAGCUACUCCUUCAUCGCCCGCAUGAAGGCCCGGGAGGAGUGCAAGUAG